AUCAUAAGGAGAGCCUAGUUAAACUGAUUUGACCCUCUCCGCUCUCCGUCUGAAAACUGUGGCCGAAAGGGUCGUAGACAUGGCGGCGAUCAGGAUGGGAAAACUGACAACCGUGCCUACAGGUCUGAUUUAUGCAUCUGUAAGUGUACAUGCAACCAAAGAAGAGGAAUUCAAAAAGCAGCUAGUGAAACCAGAGCAGCUCCCCAUAUAUACGGCACCGCCGCUCCAGUCUAAAUAUGUUGAAGAGCAGCCUGGUCAUUUACAAAUGGGCUUUGCUUCUGUCCGCACUGCAACUGGUCGUUAUAUUGGCUGGUGCAAGGGUGUUUAUGUCUUUGUGAAAAAUGGGAUAAUGGAUACAGUACAAUUUGGAAAAGAUGCUUAUGUCUAUCUGAAGAAUCCUCCUCAAGAUUUUCUUCCGAAAAUGGGAGUUAUUACAGUUUCAGGAUUGGUGGGCUUGGUUUCAGCGAGAAAAGGUUCUAAGUUUAAGAAAAUUACUUAUCCUCUGGGACUGGCCACUUUAGGAGCAACUGUUUGCUACCCAGUUCAGUCGGUAAUAAUUGCUAAGGUAACAGGGAAAAAGAUAUAUGCUACAAGCCAGCAAAUUUUUGAAACAGUUAAAUCACUGUGGACGAAAAGCAACAAAAAAGAGUCACUUCCUCAACCUAAGGAAAAAACUAAGCUAGGAUCCUCUGCCGAAAUACAAGUAUCUGGAAAAACAACUCACGUCUUGAAACAACACUCAGUGCCUUUGCCAACAGAACUCAGCUCUGAAGCAAAGACCAAAUCAGUGUCCACCUCAGGUGCUACACAGUUUAUGCCUGACCCCAAGCUCAUGGAUCACGGGCAGUCCCACCCAGAAGAUAUAGAUAUGUACAGCACUAGAAGCUGAAGUAGACUGCAUAGAGAGACUACACAGAAAACUACAAGAUGUGUGAAGUUGCAAAUAAUGGUGAAAAAAAUCAUGAAAUGGGUAACUGAUACAUAGAGUAUUACCUAAAACAAAUUUUCCCCUUACAUCUCCAAAUGUGCAAUUUGAUAAAUUAAAUAAGUGGUUAACACAGAAACUGUGAAUGCAAUGCAAACGAUAUUAAAUGAUUGAUGAGGAGGCAUAGAUAGUUUUAGCUUGCAUUUGGUGACCUUUAAGGGCAUUUA